UGAGUAUUGUGUUUAUGUCGGAUUUCAAACACCAAUUUUCAUGAGAUAUCAUUUUCCAACAUGAAAACAAGCUUGCAAAAUAUCUUAAGUUGGCAGAACAAAAAGCCGAUAAUCUAACCUAACGGCAUUGUUCAAUAAUUAUUACAUGGAAAAUUUUCAAAAUAAUACAAAAAUGUUUUAUUGACAUAAAUUGAAUCUACAACCACCUGAACUGAAAAAAGCCAACAGUCUUCCUGUAUAUUUCCAUUUGUUCUAUUGUUGAAAGUACUAGUGGUUCCCACAGAACAACUGACUAAAAUGGAACAAAACAGCAAUAAACUGAUCAUACAUUACAAACAUAACUUCAGAAAAUUAUGUCUAUUUGCUCUACUUUGUCCGUUGAUUUGUCUUGUCGUUUGCUUCGUUACCGGAUUGUUGUUUCAAACUGAUGAUGUGCAUGAGACUCACUGCCAAGUAUUUAAUAUAAUUCCUUCGAUUAGUGCGAUAACGGGGAUAAGCCCGCAACGAUACUUUUGGAGGAUGAGUGUGGCAGUCCACAUUGGACCCAGGUUCAUAAUUGCGGCAGUUUACAGAGCAUAUCAAAAAAAUAUGAUCGACCAAUCGUCGCAACAGCAUCUUAAGAAAGCCGCCGAAAUGUGGUUGGACGUCGCGUUCUGGUUGAACACGAUAGAAGCCGCGUCUCUGACUGGCGUCACGUACAUUUCCAACAGGGAAAACUACCCGAUUCACGAGAAGAUGUUCAUCGUUUUCGUGCUGAGCAGCUUGUGUCACAUGUUGGCGAACAUAUAUGCAAUAAAAAAAGUGGCAGCUUCAAGAAACGACUUGGAAUCGGUCAGCGAACAAGUGAAGUACAAGAAGAAACUGUUUUUAAUUUCCAUUCUGAGCACUAUCGGACUCGUCGGUUUCUUUUUGCAGCACAGGCUUCUCUGUCACAGAAUGGCGUUCAGCAUGUUCGCGUUGUGCGAAUACAUUAUAGCGACCGCGAACGUCUACUUUCACUUCACAAUAAUCAACGAUUUUUCAGCGGAGGAUAUAAUUAUUGCGCGGGAGCUUCCCCGAAAUAAAAUCGAAUAGUCACAUUUUGGGUCACCUAAAGAUAGCUAGUCAAUUAAAUCUUAAGGUAAACCGCAAUUUUUAAAGAUGGAUACUCAUUUUAAAUAAAUCUCAAUUAGUAUCAACUUAGUUAGUUCUUCCUCUUAAUUAUUUGUGAUAACUUUAUUUCGUUAUUAGCAGGAUUUUACGUAAUAAAAUAAGUUUGCUCAAUUUUCCAAAACGGCAACUAAUCAGAUCUCGAUGUUUUAUCACCGAACCACCUAAUUAUUUAAAUCUAUACAAUGAUAGGACCACAAGAUAUUAAAUUCAUUGCAAUUUUAAACAUGUAAAGCUUAAUAAUGAAUAAAUUUUUGAUUCAAAUUGAUGUGCUUAUUCUUUGAACAGUUGCAUUAAAAUCUCCUGAAAGAAUUUCUGUUUUAUGCAUUUCUAAGACAAUUGGUAGUACCUAUUUCUAUGAGACUGAUUAAUUUAAACACUAUUGAACUUCCAUAACAAUUUUUUGUGACUGUCCAAACAAUAAAAGCAUUUACACAAUGAGGGUACUUUUUAUACUUAACAAAAUAUGUUUAGUUUCUUUGUAGAUUAGUAUAAGGAUAUUUUAUUUCUUUAUAUACUGUAUAACCAAUCAUAAUAAUUAUCUAACACGCAUGUUUAGAUUUUACCAUUUUAAAAUUGUUUAUUAUGUAGGUUUUAUGUAAGGACUUCCACAGUAGUACAUAAUUUAUUGAAACCUAGUCAAAUGAAAUGUAUACAUAUCUAUAUUGUUCCAAUAAACGUUAAGCAAAAUUUGUGCAUA